GCAUAUAAAAAAAAUCCCACAACAGAGAGAAUAAGACAGUGAAUGAGUGUGAGAGGAAUUCUGAUUCAACAAACACUGCAAAGAUGCAAUCUUUCUCUGCAUUUUCUGCGCAAUUUCUCUUCCUUGCUCUUAUCUUUCAGACAGGUUUUGUGAGAAUCUCAUUCUGCCAAGAAGGGUUUUGCUCUGCGCCGUCAAUCUUGGAGGAGCAGCCACUCUACUGGAAGGCCACCAACCCAACUCUCUCACCUUCACAUCUUAAAGACUUGCCGGGGUUCACGCGCAGUGUGUACAAGAGCGACCAUGCUUUGAUCACUCCUGAAAGUCAUGUCUUCGGCCCUUUGCCCGAGUGGAGUGACACAUUGGGUGCUUAUCUCAUCACACCUUCGAUGGGCUCACAUUUUGUCAUGUACUUAGCAAAGAUGCAAGAAAAUUCAAAAUCAGGACUUCCACCGAAGGAUGUUGAGAGGUUCGUAUUCGUGCUUCAUGGUGUGGUGACUCUCAUUGAUGCAUCGAGUGCCAAGCACAAGCUAGAGGUCGAUUCAUAUGCUUAUCUUCCUCCAAAUUCGAGACACUCAUUGGACUCUAGUGCAUCUGCUACGCUUGUUGUACUCGAGAGAAGGUACGACUACUUGGAAAAGCAUGCCACCGAGCAGAUAAUUGGUUCAACGAGUGAGCAGCCCCUUCUCGAAACUCCAGGCGAGGUUUUUGAGCUUAGGAAGCUUCUUCCCACUUCUUUGCCUUACGAUUUCAACAUUCAUAUAAUGGAUUUCCAACCUGGUGAAUUUCUAAAUGUAAAGGAGGUUCACUAUAACCAGCACGGUCUACUGCUUCUCGAAGGGCAAGGCAUCUACCGGUUAGGCGAUAGCUGGUAUCCGGUCGAAGCUGGCGACACGAUUUGGAUGGCGCCGUUUGUGCCUCAAUGGUAUGCCGCGCUAGGCAAGUCCAAGACGCGCUACUUGUUGUACAAGGAUGUCAACAGGAACCCCUUAAUUUGAUUCGAUUUGAUUUGAUUUGAUCUAAUCGUGUUGGUCUUCGACCGACCCAGUCUUUCAAGUACCAACCUUGUUGUACCUUAUGUUAACCCUAAUAAUAUUCACAUUCGCAAUA